CGUUGCAACCAAGUCGUGGUCAUUUUUUCCCGAUUUUUUGUUUUCGAAGAACUUUCGAGUAAAGCCAAUAUCAUCCAUAUUUACUCCAAUCAAUAUGGCGCCCACCAAGCCCCAAUCUGAGGAGCAGCCCGUCAAGCGCGGCCGCGGCCGUCCCCCCAAGGACCCGUCCGAGAGGAAGACCAAGGCUGAGCCUUCUGGUCGCCCCCGUGGCAGGCCCAAGGGCAGCGGUGGUGUGAAGAAGGCUCCUCAGAAGACUGCUGCCAGCACCAUCUCUCGCCGCGGACGUCCUCCCAAGGCUGCGGCCACCCCCGUUGCCGCCAAGAAGAAGGCUGCUGCGCCCAAGGCUGCUGCGCCCAAGGCUACCCCCUCUUCCACUGGCAAAGGUCGUGGCCGUCCUCGCAAGUCCGAUGUUAGCGAGGCUGCCACUCCCAGCUCCAAGAAGGCUACCCCCAAGAAGAGCACGACACCCAAGAAGGGCGGACCUGGCAGACGUGGCCGUCCCCCCAAGGCUGUGACCGAGGAGUCUGCCGAGGAGGAAGAUGUCGAGGAAGAUGCCGCCAACGAGGAGGAUGCGGAAGAGGCCGAGAAGGCCGCCUCUGAUGCUGCCUCUGACGUCGACGAGGCCGCAAACGACGAGAACGACGAUUUCAAGGAUGCGGACGGUGACGUAGAUAUGGACUUGAACGGUUCGGGCCCUGGUGACGUCGAAGCAACUACUGGUGACGAGGUUCGUACGAGCACUGGCAACCCACAAGGCAGCUUUUCACUCAAUGGCAUCCUUGGUCGACUUUGGGCAAUGAGUCCGGAGAAGAACAAACAGAAGGAAUAGUGGAGGAGUCGGAGGAGCAAAUUUUGGACUGCAUAGUGGUUGCCCUGAGCUCGGAUCCUCCAGAACCACCGCCGUCAUCUCGACCGCUAUUCUUACCACCAGGGACCCCGGAACCACCACCGCGUAUAAAGCAAGAAAAAGAGCAGCAUUUUCUGUC